GAAUGAUGCUUUACACGGUAAAAUCUGGGAACAAACCAGGGUGUUUCUCUUGAUUUCCUCCAUUUUACCUUCUCUUCCAGGUGUAAUUCUGGAGUCUUUGUUUCCAGGGGCAAAGAAAAUGACUACAUCUCUAGUGCUGGUGGCCUUUGAGGAUGUGUCUGUGACCUUCACCUGGGAGGAAUGGCAGGACCUGGACGAUGCCCAGAGAGCUAUGUACAAAGAUGUGAUGCUGGAGACCUACAGCAACCUGCUUUCCUUGGGAUACUGCUUUGUCAAACCCAAAGUGAUCGUCAGGUUGGAGCAAGGAGCAGAGCCAUGGAUAGCGAAAAGUCCCCGAAGGCUGAGUUUGCCAGCUGUUCAGAAAAUGGAUGACCGAAUUGAGGCUAGCCAGAAAAGACCAAACAGAUACUCGUCACAAGUUGAAGACGCAGACAACAACACGUCCAUUAAGGAGAGAGUUGAAUCUAAGUGUGAGGAAGAUGGGAAAGCUGGUGGAAAAUCAGCUGUCCUCGUUAAAGAGACAACUAGUACAGGAAAGAGAACUCUACAUAAGAAGUCUGCCCUCGAGGAACAUCAAGAAGCACACGCUGAAGGAAAGGACUCUGAAUGCACUGAAUAUAAAGAAAUAUUCAUUAGUAAGUCAGACCUUGGGAUGAGUGAGAGGACACAGGCAGGGGCAGUGUCUUAUGCGCGUAACCUGCAUGAAAAAUCUUUUAGCUAUAAACCUAAACUUGCUCUCCAUCACAAAACUCAUACAGGGGGAAAGCUCCAUGAAUGCAAUAAAUGUGGAAAAACCUCUUGCCAGAAAUUAUGUCCCAGCAUGCCUCAGGUAACUCACAAAUGGGAAAGAUUCUGUGAAUGUAAUGGGAAACCCUGUCGGAUGCCACAGCUCAACAAGCAUCAAAGAGCUCAUACACAAGAAAAACCCUUUAAAUGUAGUGAAUGUGGGAAAAUCUUUAGCCAGAAGUCAGUACUUAGUGUACAUCAGAGAAUUCACACAGGGGAGAAACCCUUCGAAUGUAAUGAAUGUGGGAAAACAUUUGGCCAAAAGUCACAUCUUAGUGUGCACCAGAGAACGCACACAGGAGAAAAGCCAUUUCAAUGUAAUGAAUGUGGAAAAACAUUUGCCCAAAAGUCAGUCCUGACUGUGCAUCAGAGAACUCACACAGGGGAAAAGCCCUAUGAAUGUAAUGAAUGUGGCAAAACUUUUUGCCAGAAAUCAGUCCUCACGAUCCAUCUCAGAACCCACACAGGUGAAAAACCAUACAAAUGUUACGAAUGUGGGAAAACCUUCUGCCGGAAGUCAAAACUCAGCAUGCACCAGAGAAUUCACACAGGGGAAAAGCCCUUUGUAUGUAAUCAAUGUGGGAAAACCUUCUACCAUAAGUCAGUUCUCAGCAUGCAUCAGAGAACUCACAAAAGGGAAAAGCCUUAUGAAUGUAGUGAAUGUGGGAAAACUUUUUACCAGAAGUCAGAUCUUAUGAUCCAUCAGAGAAUUCACACAGGGGAAAAACCUUAUGAAUGUAAGGAAUGUGGAAAGAUUUUUUGCCAGAAGUCACACCUCAUCAAGCACCAGAGAAUCCACACAGGGGAAAAACCUUUUGAAUGUAAUGAGUGUGGGAAAACCUUCUCUCGGAAGUCCAGUCUCAGAAUGCAUCAGAGAACUCACACAGGGGAAAAACCGUAUAAGUGCAUCGAGUGUAGGAAAACCUUCUCCCAUAAGUCAGGCCUCACUAUACAUCAAAGAACUCACACAGGAGAAAAACCCUAUAAAUGUCCCGAAUGUGGGAAAACUUUUUGUCGUAAAUCAUUCCUUAACACGCAUCAGAGAACUCACACAGGAGAAAAGCCCUAUCAAUGCAAUGAUUGUGGGAAAACCUUUGGUCAGAAAUCACACCUCAGGACACACCAGAGAACCCAUACGGGUGAGAAACCUUAUGGAUGCAUUGAAUGUGGAAGAACUUUCGGCCAGAAGUCACACCUCCGAACACAUCAAAGAACUCAUGCAUAUGAAUAUAAAUAAUGUGAGACAGCUUACUGCAACAUGCCUACCUCAUAGAACUCACACAGGAAAGACCCAAUGAAUGUGAAAAACAUUUUGUGCUAACUCAAUCCCCAACAGAAGAGAAUAAACUGCACAUAACAGACACACUAUGAAUGCAAUGAAUAUGGGAAACCUCAAUGACCGUCAAUGAAAUCACACAGAUGAGAUACGCUACAAGUGUAAUUAUGUAGAAAUUACUAUGUAGAAGUUACUUGUGUAUAGUUAUGA